UUUAAUGUAAGGAAUAAAAUAUUUGGAAAUUCGAAUGCGAUGAAUGGAAUUAACAAAAGAUGCCACUAGUGCAUAGUUCUAAUAAGAGUUGCGCCUUCGUUAUCAUCUCCGUAGGGUUCCUUCAUUUCCUUUCGCUCCCUUUCGCCGGGUGCAAAAAAUGUGUUUCUAGGUUAUGUUUAAUUGGAGUAUUUUCAAUGUUUUCGAAAUAUUGUUGAGAAAAUCGAAUUGACAGGCCUUUUUGUAAGGGAAGCGUAUAUUAGAAAAACUGUUUAGAUUGGCAUAAUAGUUUUCAAGGAAUGUGACCUGGAGCGAUUACAACAGAAACAGAAUAUUUGCGAAUGCAGAUUUUUUGGAACAGUGUGCAACUCUCUUGCAGGUUAACAACACGUCAAUGGCUCAGCAGUGCUAGCACAGGAAAGCACGCGUUUCAGCGUCUUCUGAACGGGAUAUUGUGGCCGACUGUUCGUCCGUACUCGUUUGUUGUCACAGCAAAGUCCAAAAAAAUCAAACUACACUACCCCGUCGAUAUGUCGGAUCCCAAAAUUGAGGAAAUUUUGGCUCCGCUUCGUGCGAGUGUCAAAGAACAAGGUGACUUGGUACGCCAACUUAAGGCCAAUGGAGCCCCCGAAAAUGACGUGAAAAAAGCUGUCGCUGAAUUAAAAGCCCGCAAAAAGCUACUAGACGAUAAGGAGUUAGCUUUGACGCCAGCGUCUGCUACUUUCGACAGAGGUCGUAUGGAAGAUUUAUUGAAGCGCCGAUUUUUCUUCGAUCAAUCUUUCGCCAUUUACGGUGGAAUCACAGGAUUAUUUGAUUUCGGUCCCAUGGGCUGUGCCCUUAAGGCCAAUAUUCUCAGCGAAUGGAGAAAAUUCUUCGUACUCGAAGAGCAAAUGCUAGAAGUAGAUUGCUCUAUUCUGACUCCGGAACCAAUUCUUAAAGCAUCCGGUCACGUCGACAGAUUUGCGGAUUUAAUGGUCAAAGACCUUAAGAAUGGAGAAUGCUUCCGGCUCGAUCAUUUGAUUAAAAAUCACUUGGAGAAACUCGCUUCUGAUAAGAAAACUACGGAAGCUGUGAAAGCAGAGUGCACAGAUAUUGUUAUCAAGCUCGAUGGCAUGAGCAAAGAUGAAAUGGCAGCGAUUUUGAAGAAGUUUAACAUGAAGUCUCCAAUUUCUGGAAACGAUUUGACGGAGCCAGUGGAAUUUAAUCUUAUGUUCGGCACUCAAAUUGGACCCACCGGUCUUGUGAAAGGAUUCCUUAGACCCGAAACAGCACAGGGAAUAUUUGUGAAUUUUAAACGACUACUGGAGUUUAAUCAGAAGAGGCUUCCGUUUGCUGCUGCGCAGAUUGGAAAUGCCUUUAGGAAUGAAAUAUCUCCCAGGUCCGGUCUGAUUCGAGUGAGAGAGUUCACAAUGGCUGAAAUCGAGCACUUCUGUGACCCCGAUGACAAGAGUCACCAAAAAUUCGACUACGUCAAAGACACCCCGAUGCUUUUGUACUCCGCCUGCAAUCAAAUGGACGGCAAAGCUGCCGAAACUCUAAAAAUAGGAGACGCAAUUGCUAGUGGACUCGUAGCAAAUGAAACUUUGGGCUAUUUCAUGGCGAGAAUUCAGCUCUUUCUCCUGAAAGUAGGCGUUGACCCUCGCAAACUUCGCUUCCGUCAACACAUGGGCAACGAAAUGGCUCAUUAUGCUUGCGAUUGUUGGGACGCAGAGUGCCUCACAUCCUAUGGUUGGAUAGAAUGUGUAGGUUGUGCUGACAGGUCUGCCUACGAUCUCACCCAACACUCAAAGGCUUCUGGAGUAAAGUUGGUAGCAGAAAAGAAGUUGUUGGAACCAAAGUUAGUUAAUGUGGUCGAAGCAGCUCCGAAUAGAGGCCUGAUCGGCAAGACAUUUAAAAAGGACGCUAAGGAAAUUUUAGCUGCGUUGGCUGCGUUGACAGAAGUUGAUAUUGAUUCCAUGGAAGCUAAAUUUAAAUCUAAAGGGUCGUUUGAUUUGAAAUUGCCCGAUGGAUCGGCGUGUGAACUUAAAGAGGAAAUGGUGACCGUAAAACGAUAUCAAAAAACCGUUCACGUAGAGGAAAUAACACCAUCUGUGAUUGAACCAUCUUUCGGCGUGGGUCGCGUCAUGUAUGCGAUUUUCGAGCACAAUUUCCAGAUGAGGGAGGGCGACGAGCAGAGAAAUUACUUUAGUCUCGCGCCUGUUGUCGCUCCUCUUAAAUGUUCCGUACUGCCGCUUGGAAACAAUCCAGAGUUUGCCCCUUUUAUUCAGAAAUUAUCUCGGGAUCUCACAAAUCACGACGUGUCUCACAAAGUGGAUGAUUCUUCUGGCAGCAUUGGACGUAGAUACGCAAGGACGGAUGAAAUCGCAAUUCCAUUUGGAAUUACAAUAGACUUUGACACUUUCAAGACUCCACACAGUGCUACUUUAAGAGAAAGAGAUUCGAUGAAGCAAGUUAGAAUAAACUUGGACGAAUUACCAGGCGUUGUAAGAGAUCUUUCUUAUGGAAAGAUCACAUGGGCACAAGUUGAACAAAAAUAUCCCAAGUUCGAACAAGAAGAAUCUAUAGAAACUUAGUAGGUUUUAGUUAGUUAUAAAUUUUUCACCUUGUACUGAAAUCGAUAAUAAAUUAAAAUAAUUAUCUGAUAAA